AUGUUAAGAAGAGUAGUCAUCAAAAGCCGUCCUCUUUUGAAUGGCUCGCAGGCCCAGAAAAUGCUGACAACUCGUCUACAGCCCAUCAGCAUAAGAUUUCAAAGAUCAUUAUCCACAACCGACACUGACAAAUAUCAUUCACUAUUUAAACAGAUCAACAGAUCUAGUAUCGCAAAUGAUUUAAAUAAGAUCUCCGAAAGAGAGUUUGUUAAUAAUAUCCCACUUGAAAAGGUGAGCGAAACUCUAGAAGAUUUGGUGAUUCGUGGUAUCAAGGCCAGCAGGGAGUUACAAUUGAAAAAUGGGUCAAAUGAAGGCGAAGAAGAUUCUUUGCAAAAAUUCCUACUUGAGAAUGACAAUGAUAAAAUAAGGCAGUUGAUCAUGGCCAAUAAUGAAAAUAUUGUGAAGUCGUAUCUUCUUACCCAACCCCUUCCCGAUGCAAAGCGGGUAUACCGUUUGAUUACCGGGAUCAAUGAGAUGACCAGAGUGAAUUCUACAAAACAAAGUGAUAGAAUGUUGGUUAGUGAGAAUUCUGUGAAGGUGGCGACCCGUGUGAUUUUGAAUAACACUAAACUGAGUCCCGUGGAGAGUUUCCAAGUCGCUGUGAAUUUAAUCGAUGAGACGGUGGGUGGUAAGAAAUAUGUCAAUACUCUUAAGCACAAUGUGUUUAGCAAAUAUAUUCCCCGCUACAUUGGUGGUUUCAUCGGGGUGGAAUUGGCGACAACUACGUUAUUUGAUUCAUUUUUCACGGGGCUUUCAGGGCUCACCGAUAGCCCAUCGAUGAAGAUUUCGUAUAUGCUUGGUAGUUACUUAUUCAAUGUGAGUUUCUUGGGGGUGCUUGCCACUUUGGGUUUGUACAAUAAUAAGACCACCAGAAUUAAAUGGGGCCCUGGGGCCAAUUUGUGGCAUAAAUUCUUGCACCAUAAGGAAUUAUCCAUGUACGAUAGAGUCUUCAUUCAAUACGAAGAACUUUAUGAUUUGAACAUGGACAACUUUUAUUUGAUCGGCGGCAAUCGUAUCAAGAGUCCUGAAGCUAUUAUAGAGCCAAUAAAUCAGUCGUUACAAGAUUAUUCUGGUGAGAAUAACGAAGUGAAAACUACCAAAGAAGUGCUAACUUUUGAUGACGAAUCAAUCAUUGAUGAUAGUCACAAGAACCAACAUAUUCUUGAGGAAAAGGCUAAAUUACUUCGCUUCUUCAGAGACAGGUUUGCCAGAAAGAAGAUGAAGAUUGAUGACUUUACUGAACAAGAAUUAUUGUUCCAAGAAUAUUGGGUCACCAAUGGUGAGAAAUUCGAAUGGGUAGAACCUGAUCAGGAUCCUGCUGAGAUCAAGAUUUUACAAAAAUAUCAUGUUAAUAGAUGA